UGCACAGAUAAAUAGGGACGGGGACGGAGGGAGUAGUAUAUAAAUAAUAGUGAUGGAAGCUCAAUCUCAAAAUAUCUAGCACCGGUGGUAUUUUGGCAUCAUCUUCAUCAAAUAUGCUAAUUUUAAGAGGCAGAACAUAAUUGAUCCUUGCACAAUACAGAUUUAUUAAAACAUUAAACCCAUCAAACCCAUCCCAACAGAAGAUAUUGGCGCAGAAUCAGGCAUCUUAUUCAACGUUUUCUUCUUCGCUUAUCGCUUAUCACAAUUAUGUCCAUAUUCACCAAUCUCAUCACCACAACAACAAUUUUGAUAUUAUUGAAUUUCUCGAUUCAACCAUCUUAUUCCAGAGAGGCUCACGUCAUCAACUUCCGAUCACCAAAUCUCUACCCUGAAUCAUUCACCUGGGAUCCAUCCUCUCAACACUUCAUCGUCGGCUCUCUCCGACGUCCCACUCUCCAGUCCGUUUCCGACGCUGGCGUUGUCGACACGCUCCUCUCCGACGCCUCGUUACCGUCCGAUUCCGCUUUUUUAGGACUCGCCGUCGAUACUCAGCACCGCCGCAUCGUCGCCGUCGUUCACUCUUCGUCCUCGCCAGCAGUCGCCUCCUACAAUCUCCGCAACGGUAGUCGCAUCUUCCUCACUCUUCUCCCUGACUCUAACGCUACCGCCUCAUCUGCCGGCGCUAACGACGUUGCCGUCGAUUUCUCCGGAAACGCUUACGUCACCAAUUCCGCUUCAAAUCUCAUCUACAAAGUCAAUAAAGACGGCGAGUUUUCCGUGCUUUCGAGAUCUCCGAUCUUCUCGCAGUCCGCGGUGGAGCCUAACACGCCGUACAGCUCAUGCGGUUUAAACGGUGUCGUUUACGUGAGCAAAGGCUACCUACUAGUCGUCCAAUCAAAUACAGGCAAAAUGUUUAAAGUCAACGUUGACGACGGUUCAGCCAGAACGGUUCUUCUAAACAAGGCGUUAACGGCGGCUGACGGAAUGGCCGUUAGAAGAGACGGCGUCGUUGUGGUUGCGUCAAGAGAAAAGGCGUAUUUUAUUAAGAGCGAUAGUAGCUGGAGCGAGGGUGUGGUUUUUGACGAAACUGCCCUUGAUGCUGAACGCUUUGCAAGUGCUGUAACUAUAGGUGGAGACCGUAGGGUAUAUGUGUUAUAUGGGCAUAUAGGUGAGGGUAUGAUGGGAAAUACGGAAAGAGAGGAGUUUGCUAUAGUGGAGAUUGAAUCAGAGAAAGAAAGUAAAGAAGAUUCUGUUUGGAUAUUUGUUUUGAUUGGGCUGGGUUUAGCGUAUUUUAUGUUUUGGAGAUUUCAGAUGCGCCAGCUUGUCACUGACAUGAACAAGAAGGCUGCUUAGGUUUUUUUCCUCGAUAGUUUUCUUGUAUUUCAUUGUGUUUAGGUUUUGUUUAUCAUUUACACGAAAUACUGGACAACAGUUUUGGUUUUUUUUGUUUGAUAGUUAAUACGAUGAAUAUUGAUGAUUUUGUUUCUGGGUCUUCAA